CAGCUGAUUGUCCGUGUCAUUACCGGAGCUCGGGAGGGAAAGAGGCGUUCCCAGAAACCACGCCUCCUUUCGCCUUACUAUAGUUUCUCCUGCUUGGCAUCCCAGAGAUGGUCCGAAGUGAUUCCUCAGGGGAAGCGAAAAGAGCGCAAAUCACCCGAGCAGGAGCGGGCGCUGCCGAGCGGCGGAUAUACCCAGGACUGCCUUCUUAAUUGCGCUAAUCUUCCGUUUUAUCCAUUUGAGCCGGAAGGAGGACUUUUGCUUUGAAAGCGACGGAGCAAAGAGAGAAACCUGUUUCAUCUUUGGCCUGUUUGUUGCAAAAACUGACAUUUUUGCUUGUUUCUUUCUUUCUCUUUUUUGUUGUUUGUUUUUGUUUUUAUCAGCUGUACCUUGAUCCGAGGAGGAGAGGCGGGGGGGGACUGUCGCCGGCUCAGCGCGCACUCUCAUCCUGCGCUUCCCCCUUUCAUCGCUCUCACGUCGCUCCUCUUCGCAGCUGCUGCCUCCCGCUCUCCCUCAACAUGAGGAGCAGCUAACCCUGGAUGCUGACAGCUCCCCUUUUUCUUCCCCACAUGUCGCAUCUUUUGUUUACUUUGAGUGGAACGCGCGCGUCUAAACACCGAGUGGAAUAGACCCACGCCACUUUGCUCCUGUGACAGCGCUAUCAAAGGGAGACGCCGAGAGGCGAGGAGGGGAGGCAGAGAAGAGAGGGAAAAGGAGGAUAGCGACAGAGAGGAGAGAGAGAGAGUGAGAGAGAGAGAGGGGAGAGAGACAGAGUGAAGGUGCGUUUUGAUGUUUGGCAUCCACGAGAGCAUCCAGAGGAGUGGGAGUAGUAUGAAAGAGGAGCCCAUGGUGGCCGGGAUGAACGCGGUUCGGACAUGGAUGCAGGGCGCCGGAGUGCUGGACGCCAACACAGCCGCCCAGAGCGGAGUGGGUCUCGCUCGGGCGCACUUCGAGAAGCAGCCGCCCUCCAACCUCCGCAAGUCCAACUUCUUCCACUUCGUCCUGGCUUUGUACGACAGACAGGGUCAGCCGGUGGAAAUAGAGCGGACCACGUUUGUCGACUUUGUGGAGAAAGAAAAGGAAACGACGGGGGAAAAGACCAACAAUGGCAUUCAUUAUAGGCUUCAGCUCCUCUACAGUAACGGAAUCCGGACAGAGCAGGACUUAUAUGUUCGACUCAUUGACUCCAUGACUAAACAGGCGAUUGUCUAUGAGGGUCAGGAUAAAAAUCCAGAAAUGUGCCGGGUCCUGUUAACCCACGAGAUCAUGUGCAGUCGGUGCUGUGAUAAGAAGAGUUGCGGCAACAGGAACGAAACCCCAUCAGACCCUGUCAUCAUCGACAGGUUCUUCCUCAAGUUCUUCCUGAAGUGCAACCAGAACUGCCUGAAGAACGCAGGGAACCCUCGAGACAUGAGGCGUUUUCAGGUGGUUGUGUCCACUACGGUGAGCGUCGAGGGCCACGUCCUGGCCGUGUCUGACAACAUGUUUGUGCACAACAACUCCAAACACGGUCGGCGGGCUCGACGUUUGGACCCCUCGGAAGGAACUCCGUCCUACCUGGAACACGCAACCCCCAGCAUCAAAGCCAUCAGUCCCAGUGAAGGUUGGACAACAGGGGGCGCAACGGUCAUCAUCAUCGGAGACAACUUCUUCGAUGGCCUCCAAGUCAUUUUUGGAACAAUGCUUGUCUGGAGUGAGUUGAUCACUCCCCACGCCAUCCGUGUGCAGACCCCGCCCAGGCACAUCCCCGGGGUGGUGGAAGUCACGCUGUCCUACAAAUCCAAACAGUUCUGCAAAGGCACACCUGGACGCUUCAUCUACACAGCACUAAACGAGCCAACGAUAGACUACGGCUUCCAGAGAUUACAGAAGGUCAUCCCCAGACACCCUGGAGACCAGGAGCGAUUACCCAAGGAGGUGAUUUUAAAGAGAGCCGCCGACCUGGUGGAAGCCUUGUAUGGGAUGCCUCACAAUAACCAGGAGAUGAUUCUAAAACGAGCGGCGGACAUCGCAGAGGCCCUCUACACGACAGUGCCGCGGGGCCACAACCAGCUCGCCAGUCUGGGCAGCAGCUCCGUCCACGCCGGCAUGAUGGCUGUAAACUCCUUCACCGGGUCGGAGGUGGCACAAACGGCCAAUCAGGGUUUCAGUAGAAGUACAAGCAGUGUGUCCCCUCAUGGUUAUGUUCCCAGCUCCACUCCUCAGCAGGGCAGCUACAGCUCUGUCUCCACUAGCAUGAAUGGCUACGCUAAUUCUGGCAUGGCAACCCUGGGCACUUCACCCAACUUCCUCAAUGGAUCAGCAGGCAACUCGCCCUAUGCUAUCGUCCCAUCCAGCCCAACCAUGGCGUCGUCAACCAGCCUGGCAUCCAACUGCAGCAGCUCCUCCGGCAUUUUCUCUUUCUCUCCGGCCAACAUGGUCUCCGCCGCCGUCAAGCAGAAGAGCGCCUUCGCCCCCGUCGUUCGGCCCCAGAACUCGCCUCCUCCUACCUGCACCAGCGCUAACGCUAACAGCCUGCAAGAUCAGUCUUUUGUGGAUUCUAGCAAGUACUCAUCAGCCAGCUCUCUGCAGGGCCUGGCCUUCUCCUGAACAAUCCCUGGGAUGAUUGUUCCACCCAUGUAGAGGAUGUGGGAAGCUGGAGAUUUUUGGGGAGAGCGUUGAGAGAAAAAGGCACGGUAGCGGAGCCUGGCAAGCCUCUGCUGCUCUCCAGAGCUUCAGUGAAGGAAGCAAAGAUAAGACGCUGGACUAUAAAACUCAGGCCUUUCCAAUGGGAUUUCAUCGGAAUGGGAUAUGGCAGAAGAUUAAGGGGACAUAUUGAGCCUUUGUGACGUUUCUUUAUUUUUGUUUUGUUUAUUUUUCCCCUUUUUUUGGUCGAAUUAGUGUAGCAUCUCUGACACCAAGUCGGAUGGAGUGUAAAGAGACUGACCGUUUGCCCACAGUGUGCCACUGACCUCAUGAAAAGAGCAUUUAUUUAUCUUGAUGUUUAUGGCUGGAAGCUUUGGGUUUGAUUAUAGAAAACAUACCUCCCAUCCCUGCCCCCCACCUCUCACCGUUUUGCGGCCUGUACCGUCCAUGAAGUUCUCUGUUUGACUCGCACGGGUCUGCAACACAAAACGCAUAGAAAAACAGAAGAGAACCAUUUCCACCCUCAAUAGUUGCUGCUAAUUCUCUCACAAAUCUAAAGAGUUGUCCUUUAAAAGAAACCCCACCUGCCUUUUGUGUUUUAUGUUCCCCUUCCACGUUUUGUUUGUUUGUAUGAAUUUUUUGAUAAAACUGUGAGGAUUGAGCUGUUUGCAAUAUGCUUUUCUCUGCUUUAUCAUGUGAAGGAAAAGGUGAAGAUUUUGUCUUUGUUUUUGUUUUUUGUUUUUUUCUUUUCGGUUGGAGAUGUUGGUAAAGACUUGAAAAGCCGGAGGAUGUGCGCGUCCAGCCAGCACUGUUACUGAAGGAGCCUAGCAGUUAUCAAAUUUAACAAAAAAGAAAAAAGCGUGACAUAUGUGAUAUAUUUUUGUAUAUAUUAAAUAAAAAGUUGACUUUUGUUCCUUUUUUAAAAAAAAAAAAAAAAAAUCUGGCAUCUCGUUUCCUUUCGCGAUAGCUAUAGUUUGGGAUGUGAGCAUUAAAACGUCUCAUGGCAGCUUCUCAGUACAGACAAUAGAUUUUUUUUUUUCCUGUGUUGUCAAUAUCUCAUCUGCAAAACACGAAUUUGGAUUCGAAAAGAAAAAAAGGGGGAGUCCUGUAAAAUAUCCUAUAAAUAAUGUAUUUAUCCUGUGUAUGUACAUUGACUUUCACCAUCGUUUAGUUGUGUUGUGUACGUUUAAUGAAAGUAAUUGAACAUAUGUCACAGUCUUUUGCUUUGUUACUGUUGUCUCCCACUAUUUAAAUGUGACUGUUUUAAUUGAUUUAUUGACUGUUUUUUGGGGGGGGUGUUGCAUUGAUAAACUUUUUUUUUUCUCUCAUUCAAAACAUGUCAUUGUCUAUUUUUGUAUUAUUUGUAAGUUAAUAAAAGAAAAAUCUGUUCUUUUUUUUUUCCUUAUAAAAAUGUUUAUUGUACGGCAAAAAAGUAGCAUCUUUACAGAGUAUUUGGUUGAGGUAGAUUUUUUUAAGAAUAUAAACACACAUUAAUAUAUACUGUAAAUCUAUAUCUUUUUGUUUGAACCUUCGAGGCUUUUAGAUGGAUACUGUUCUUGAUCUGAUAAUAUGCAUGGGCUCAUCUCUUGAGUGACUGCCUAGCGUGUGUGUGUGUGUGUGUGUUGGUAUGCGUGCGUGUGGAAACCAAGAGACUUAAGGAAACGGUUAGUUUAUUCUUUUGUUGUGUUCUCUUUCUUCCUCCCUUUGUUCCUUCUCUUAUGUUAUUUAUGCCUGCUUACAUCUACUAUCUAUAUACUCUUUCUUUUUUCUGCCACUGUAAUCCUUACCAGCAGUCUAGAUGCCUUAACAAUGCAAGCCCUUUUUCUUCGUUCAAUCACAUGUACAGUUUUCUACCCUUCACCACAGUUGUGUGUUGCCACAGAGGAAUUCACGAGAACUUUGGGGACAAAGCACAAACCCGCUCUGUUCGGUGCUGAAGCCAGACUAGAAUACAAAGAGCCAUAACUCAACAAUCUCACACACCCCGAUGUAUAAUGCUACGGCGAUGGCAUGCUUUGAGAAAGGCAGUCGGAGCAGACUGACUCCUCCAUGCUUGCUGCACAUUAGCGUUGAAAGAAAUUGGUUCUUUUCUUUUUCUUUUUUUUCCAAUUGUGUAGCUUUUUUUUCCAACUGGGGAACGAUUUCGACAGCACGACGGGGAUUUUUUUUUUUUUUUUUUUUUCACAACACAAAGUAGUACUUUUUGAACUUUUAGACGAGCACUGUCACAGCACAAUUUUAAUAUCCGACCUGCGCCGGCCUCAUGGCUAAGUCAAAAAGAACGGCAGCACACGAAGCCCCGCCCCCCUUUACACGAAGCCCCGCCCCCCUCCCAUACCCCUGUCAGCAAUUUCCGUCAUUUCCUCUUUGUCUCUGCCGUGUGUCUUCAAGCUGUUGCUGGACGGGGGCGAGGGUCUGUAGGGGGCGAAUGGGGGCUUUUCUCUCUUCGCUUUUCUUUUCUAGGGGCCUGGUUUUGUUAAAGUGACUAGAGAGGAUUGUUUUAACGGCGGCGCCUGCUGACAGACAAGUGUUUUUCAGGCACUUAUGCUCCUGCACCCGCCCGGGCCGGGGCACGUAGGGGAGGUUGGAGGGAAGGGUUUGGGGGGGAGCAAGGGAAGUGGGGGUGGUGGCUGGCCUGUUUCAGAUAAUCUACAGAGGUCUGUUGUCAUACAAUGGCAUCUUUGUAAGCAAAGUUCCAUCCUGGACAUGAAUAUCAGUAGUGGGUGACAAAGUUUUGUAUUUAGGUAACAAACAAGAACAAAAAACAAAAAAAUGAUGCAAACCAAAUAGCUGGUGUCUAUUUUUUUCCUCUGUUUGUCCUUGACUGCAAAUACACUGAACAGCUCUAUAAUAUAAGGGAAUAAAAAAAAUCUACUGUAUAGAUUGUUAUUGUUUUUGAUGAAAAUUGAGCUGUAAGAUAACUUUUGGACUCUCACGAUGUUAAUUAAAGUUACCUCUUGUCUGUGA